AUGUUAUAUACGACACCGGUGUCGUACUUCCUUAUAUACGACACCUACCAUUUCUUGGCCCACAGGGCUCCAAUUGGCGCACAACAAAAUGCGCUGUGUAGCCACGGCCCGCAGCUAUCAGCCCAUACGAUUUUGGGUCAAAUCGGCCAAGUGGUUGCGGAGGAAGAGCCGAAAAUAGGGGGCUCCGCAACUUACCGGGGGGGUGUCAGCGAUGUUCCGGUCAUAACUCCUUGCACAGACAUCGCCUGAUCGCACGUAAACUCGCGAUGAGUACAUAAGCUUAUUUACUCUUC